AUGUUUCAAAAUAAUUAUGUGAUUCCUUCCAAUGAACCUAACCUCAAUUAUGAAGUGUCUGAGAUUCACUUUGUGCUUCUCAUCAGUCGACAAGGAAAAGUGAGACUCACAAAAUGGUAUUCACCAUAUUCUCAGAAGGAAAGAUCCAAGGUAAUUCGAGAAUUAAGUGGCAUAAUUAUCUCUCGAGCCCCGAAGCUUUGCAAUUUCGUGGAGUGGAGGGGAUUCAAAGUUGUUUAUAAAAGAUAUGCUAGUCUGUACUUCUGCAUGUGCAAUGACCAGGAAGACAAUGAAUUGGAGACCCUCUCCAUUAUUCAUCACUAUGUUGAGACACUGGAUCGCUAUUUUGGAAGUGUUUGUGAGCUGGAUUUAAUCUUUAAUUUCCAUAAGGCAUAUUAUAUAUUGGAUGAAAUUUUGCUCGCUGGAGCGAUGCAGGAGACUAGCAAGAGAACUACUCUGAGACUGAUAGCUGCACAGGAGGAUUUAGUGGAAGUUGCAAAAGAGGAGCAAAGUUCAUUGAGUCAUAUAAUUGCGCAAGCAACCAAAUAA